CUCGGCGCUGCGAGCGAGCAAGCGCAUCUAUUCGUGCAUGACGCUGCAAGUGCUCCCGCUCCUCGCGCUCGGCUGGUCGCCGAUCGCGGUCCCGCCGCCUGCCGCGGCCGUGACGCGCGGCGGCCUUCUCAUCGGAGCCAGCGCAGCGGGCGCAUCCAGUGGGCAGAUGGUCGACGGCGCGCGAAUCGGCCCGCCUCCGGACAUGCCGUCGAUGCUGCUGAACCAGCGGAUCGUGUACCUCGGAUUGCCGCUGAGCGCGCAGGUGACGGAGCUCAUCAUUGGCCAGCUCCUCUACCUGCAGUACGACUCAUCCGAGAAGCCGAUCACAAUGUACAUCAACUCGCCCGGCACCACGCUCGAGGACGGCCGGCCGGUCGGCUUCGAGACGGAGGCCUUCGCGAUCGCCGACACCAUGGGGUACGUGAAGCCGCCCAUCCACACGCUCCUCGUCGGCAAGGCGUACGGCCUCUCGGCGCUGCUGCUCGCCUCUGGCGACAAGGGGCACCGCUCGACCCUGCCGUACUGCACGGUGAUGCUUCACCAGCCGCGGGGGCAGAUGGCGCAGGGGCAGGCGUCAGACAUCGCAAUCAAGGCGCGCGAGGUGCUCGUCAACCGAAAGAACGCGCUGCAGAUGCUCUCGGCCGCCACGGGGCAGAGCGAGGAGCGGCUGCGUGCCGACACGAAUCGCUGCCUCUACCUGGACGCGCAGCAGGCGGUCGACUACGGUAUCGUCGACAAGAUCAUCGACAAGAGGCAGGCGGUCGGCGUCGACUCGCUCGCCGAGGACGUCGCGGCGGUCUCGCGCGGCCUCGGCUGAGCCUGAGCCUGUGUGCUUGAGAGGACGGUAGAC